GAAAACCAUGCAGCAUGAAAAGAAAAGAAAAGCUUGCGGGGAAGGAAAACCAGAGGAUAAAUAAGAAGCAAAGCUUACCUGCGCGGGGAAGGAAACCAAUGCGGCAAUGGCGGCGCUUGCGGGAAGAAGAAGGAGAAGACACAGAACGGCAGGUAUUUUUUUUGUAAGCAUUUUAAAAUAAAUAAUAAAAAAACCUAAGGCUCUUAAUGGGCCGCGACGCGCGUGUCUACGUGGUGGGCCGCGUCCAACCAGAGGUGUUCUCCUAUUCAACCGCGUCCGGUGACGGCGCCGGCGACGGACACCGCGUCGCACUGGAGUCGUGCGCGCAUGGGUGUCCGGUGCGAGUCCGACACGGGACACGCCGGUGAUGAGCCGCGUCCGUGCUUCAUAAACUAAUUGUUGUUGGAUGAAGUUAUGUGUACUUCCUCCAUCAACAAGAAUGAUGAGAUCGUGCCCAGCAAUGGUGCCCACCAGUCUCAACGUUUCCGGCGCCACGUGGCCAGCCAAGGAGUUAAAAGAAAUUUGGGCCGGGUCAGGGGUUGGGUCGUCAGGUGGGUCAGGAGUUGGGUUAUCGGAUGGGUCCGGUUCCUCUAUAUUAGGUGUUUGCGGGUCGUCCUCAGCCGCUAUGAGGAGAAAAACCCUAGAGGCACAACGGUGUCCUCUGUGGUAUUUCUCCUCACAGGUGAAACAGAGGCCGCGUUCGCGGCGGGACGCAAUUUCAUCGGGGGAUAGGCGUUUAAUAGGUGGUGUCUGUGGUGGACGAGGGUUAGUAGGAGUGGGUAACAAAGGGGGUCGCGGGGAAGGUGGGGUAAGGAGGGUGCGAAGGGGUUGCGGGUUUGGGGCUGUGGUCUGAGGGGGUAGGGAUGGUGGUGGUGGGUGGCGAAGGCGAAUCGGGCCGCGAGAGUCGAGAAACUUCUCUUCUUGUAGACGGGCUAAGCCCACGGCCUGCACCAGGGUGAGGGGUUGGUGGGCCUGAACCUCUCGCCUGAUCUCGGGAGUGAGGCCCGAGACGAAGCAGCUCAGGAGGAAGGGCGAGGGUAAACCGAAGGUACGGUUGGCUAGGUCUUCGAACUCCGCCAAAUAUUGCGCCACCGUGCCGGUCUGGGUCACCUUAAACAACGUUCUGGUGGGGUCAUCAUACUGCGACGGUGCAAAUCGCGUUUGGAGGGCCUGGAGAAAGCUGGGCCAUGAUGUGAACUGGCCGUUGGUGUUCAUCCAUUGAAACCACGCCAGAGCUCUGCCUUCCAUAUAGAAGGAUGCAAUGGUAAGCUUAUCGGACUCAGGUGUGUUGUGAUAAUCGAAAAACUGGUUGAUCUUAAAGAUCCAACCCAGUGGUUCGGUACCAUCAAACCGUGGAACAUCCAAUUUCAUCCUAUGUGUUGAUGCAGGUGUUGGUUGAGGAGGGGAUAAUGGGGUAGGUGAUGGGUUGCCACGUUGAAGGAGUUCCUCAAUUUUUAAAGUUAGGGAAUGCUGUUGGUUGGCGAGGCGAAUCAAGGCUGCCUCCAGACGAUCGGAGGACUCGGUUGAAGCAUCGGAAUUGGGCAUCCUCAACGAGAGCACCAAAAUGAUAGGUGCUGCAGGUUACUCAAAACUCUGCAAACCUCACUCACACAAGAAAGGAAUUGGGUCACGGAAGAGAAGAGAGAGAAGGAAAGGCAAAUUCUUGUAUAUUAUUGAUUCACUAGUUAUUUACAUAGAUAUAUAAUGUCCUGUGCUAACAGAAUUUGUGAAAUUCCUAAUUCUAGAAUCCUCCAAUAACGGUAUGGAUAGGAAUGUCUCCACCCUUGCAGACCAAGCACGAUCCAGUGAAUCUUGGUGCCAGCUCAGCAUUCAUUUCUCAACAAAAUCACCAAGAUGGUACCUUCCUCCGACAAGAGGCCUGCUGCAUCCCAAAGUGGAGAAGGAGGACAGAACACAACUACAGCAGAGCAUGCAAUUUCUUCUCCUGAAUUUGUUGGUGAAGACAUUGGUACUCAUUCUUCGGCUCUUGUGGAAGAAAACACUACUCAAGAACAACCAGCAGCAGCAGCUAAAACCACAGAAGCAAGGAACCAAUAUCAAAGCUUAAGGGAACUUUUUAAUGGAGAAAGUUCAACGCCAUGCCUUGCAAGUGAUGUACAUGAUCAGACCAAUGACAAGGGGAAGGAAGUGCAUAAAAAACUCCCAACAAUAAUAGUCUUAGAAGAAGAAUGCCAAAAUGCUGAACAUGGCUGGGCUGAUGAUGCUCCUGUUGCUGCUGCCGCUGCUGAAACCGUUUUUCACCAAAAAAAUGGUGAAAUUGAUCAAAAGGGAAAAGGCAAAGUGCAUCAGACUAAUCCACCAAAACUGCUAGCAGAUGCCAUGAAGAGCAGCAUCAUCAACCCAUUCUCUUUAAGUUCAAGUCCAUCAUCUUUUUUGCACUUAGAAGGUGCAAGCUUCUCAAGUUGGUCUAAACCAAACAACUCUUUGUCUGGUUUGGAUUUGAACCUUGCCCCAGAUGGCAAUGCAGAUAUGAGUCCAAAUGUGAACCAACAAUAACCACAGCAUAGUAAUGCAGUACUCUCUUUUAGUUACUCUGACUUGCAAAGGGGUGUUGGAAUGCAAAACCCUAUGGGUCCAUUUCCAAAGCAGCAGCCAUUACUACUCUCUGCUGAGUUGUUGGUGCCUUCUGGGAUGGAGGGGAGGUGGAUGAGAAAUCUCGAUCUUAACCAGCCACCACCACAAGAUGAGGAACUGGAAGAGGCACAAAAUGAAGUGGAUAAUCAUUAUCUAAGAGAUUAAUGAUGAUGAACAGAUAGCUAGACUUGUGGAUUUUACCAAAAACUUGUUUUUUUUACUCUUCAAAUUUGCCUUACUUAAAUUGUUGGUAGACUUAAGAUGGUUUGAGUUGGGACUCUGCUUGUUUGGUUAGCCAAAAAGUAGUGAAUGUUUUGUGUUUUGUUGAUGCUGAACUACACCAUCUUAUUUGGUUUCAAUGGAGGUAUAUUUUGAAACUCUUUGGAUGAUUAUAUAUAUGGAAAA